GGAGGAGGCAGAACACCGGGCAUUGUGAGCGAGCAGGUGACAGAGGACAAGUGUAACCUACACAGGGGACAUCGGGCUAUAGGUGUAUUUAGUGGAGCUGACCCCCCUCAGUGAUCACAAGACCCCCUUCAUGUUCAGAUGACACGAAGACAAGGUCCAGGAUGGAGGACUUCAUGAAGAGACAUGUCCUGGCCAUCAGCGUUUUCCAAUGGGUUCUCACAUUUCUCCUAAUGGGAACAUUUUUCGCCAUCCUCCUCCUGUACUUGCUGUUCACCUCCUUAUGGAUCAUCCCUGUGGUGUACUUCACUUGGAUGAUAAUCGACUGGGAUACUCCCGUGAAAGGUGGUCGUAGAGUAGAAUGGGUGAGGAGAUGGACAGUCUGGAAACACUUCAGAGAUUACUUCCCCAUAAAGCUCAUUCAGUCGGCUUCGCUCAGUCCUGACAGGAACUAUGUGCUUGGGUGUCACCCCCAUGGCAUCAUUCCGGCAUCAGCCUUCUGUAACUUUUCUACUGAGGCCACUGGUUUCUCCGAAAAAUAUCCAGGGGUCCGUCCAUAUCUUGCAGUCCUUGCAGGGGUCUUUAGGUUGCCUAUAUACCGUGAAUAUAUCAUGUCUGCAGGAAUGGCUCCUGUGAGUAAAGACAGCCUGAAGUACCUCCUGACCUGCUGCGGUACUGGCAAUGCCGUCUUUAUUAUAGUCGGAGGAGCGGCUGAGUCCUUACAGAGCAGUCCAGGGGAACAUACAAUAACACUGAGCAACAGAAGGGGCUUUGUAAGACUCGCCUUGGAAAACGGGGCGGACCUGGUUCCUGUGUAUUCCUUUGGUGAGAACGAUAUCUUCGAACAAGUGCGUUUCCCCCCGGAUUCUUGGGCCUGGAAACUUCAGCUCCUGUUCCAGAAACAUGUCGGUUUUGCCCCCUGUCUUUUUAAAGGCACAGGAGUAUUUGGGCAGGACAGCUGGGGUCUCAACCCAUUCCCUCGACCACUCACCUCUGUAGUUGGGAGGCCGAUCCGGGUGCCGCACUGUCCAGUCCCGUCAGAGGAUGAGGUGGAGCAGUAUCAUGCGCUUUACAUAGACGGACUGAAGAAGCUGUUUGAUGAGUACAAGGUCUCCUGUGGACUCUCCGCCUCCGACAGUCUGAAGAUCAUCUGACUUUUUCACUUCUAUAAACUAUAUGGAACUAUAUAGGCUAUGGACUAUAAACAGAACCCCCAUCCCCAUCCCCCCCCCCCCCCCAAAAAAAAA